GGCUGUUGCUACUGCUGCGUCACGUCAUCAGUGAUGUAAUGAAGCCGGAGCUAGCCGCUGCUGCUGGUGUCAUCUUCCUCUGAGCGAAGUGAAGAUAUCAGACCCUCGCCCGUCUGUCAUCCAAUAAUCCAACCUAAACAUGUCUGACUUCACAGAGGACCAGAUCAUGGAAUUUAAGGAGGCUUUCCUCUUGUUUGACCGGACGGGCGAUGGGAAGAUCACCUAUAGCCAGUGUGGUGAUGUCAUGCGGGCCCUCGGUCAGAACCCUGUUAAUGCUGAGGUGCUCAAAGUCCUGGGAAACCCCAAGUUAGAAGAAAUGAACCAUAAGACUCUGGAUUUUGAACAGUUCCUGCCCAAGCUUCAGGCCAUCGCUAAGAACAAGGACCAGGGCUCGUUUGAGGACAUCGUGGAGGGUCUGCGUGUCUUUGACAAGGAGGGAAACGGUACAGUGAUGGGGGCUGAGCUACGUCAUGUGCUCACUACGCUAGGUGAGAAAAUGACAGAGGAGGAGGUGGAGACUCUUCUAGCAGGACAUGAAGACGCCAAUGGCUACAUCAACUAUGAAGAACUCGUCCGGAUGGUGAUGAGCGGUUGAAGAUUUCAGAUUCACACAUCUCCAGCUUUAAUUUUAUUCCUAAUUUUUUUUGUUCUGUUUUUUAAUGUGACCUUUCCAUCCUGUUUUCCUACCUCUAAUGUGUUUUUGUCUAUGUAUGUUUUUUUUUUUUUACAUCUCUAUGACAUUUUUUUAAGUGCCUUUUCUGUCUAAUGUGAAUAAACCCUUUCACCUCACUUCCCCAGCAGUAUUAAGUCUCAUAGGUACAGUGUACGUUCUCCUGAUAAUUUCAAAUGCUCCAUCUCAUUCAGUCAGACUUGUCCUUGUUUUUCAUUUUGUUUGGGUGGCUAUGAAAAUGUGAAAUGUUACAUUUACCAUUAUUGAAUAAAGAUCCUUGUUUCUAAAGUUUC